CGACGGGUAAGCAGUGUAACACCCUUCGGCGUGUUUGAGUAGUAUCCUCUUAAUAUCGGGAGGAAUUCGGAGACCAACGGCAAGACGGGGCCGUUGUCCAGGCAUGAUGAUCUUGUUAACGGCAGCGUUCUUAUCGCUGCUUGGAUAUGUUGCUCCACAGAUGCCGGAUAUGCCCUCUGUAAUGGAACUAGUAGAAACGAUUGGUGAUAAGCAGAUGAGAUCUGUUGGUGACCUAGAUGAUUACACCCAAAGCCUUCUCCAACUAGCCCAGAUCCACAUGGCCAAGUCUUUUUCUGUAGAAGCUAAACGCUACAAAAGGGCCUUGGAUCUCGUAUCUGUGAGGGUUAAUGCAACGGAGGACUUCGUACCGCCCAUGGCAAAUCCUUCGGUAUUUGAUAAGCCUGAUUUUAUAGGAGUUACAAAUAUGCGUGUCCUAUCAACACCAAUGAAGGAAUACUGGAUUUUAGGGUACAACGGCAUCCAGAAAUCCCAUGCAGUGAUUGAGAUAACGCCAACUCUUAAUCGGUUGAGGCUUAUUGGAAGGUUUACCUUGACUGAUGACCUUGCAGAAAUAAAACAUGUAGCAGGCAAUAUUAUCGACAAUAACCUUUGGAUAGCAAUGGCGUCCGAUAACCACUUAGUUUCGAUAACUGUCGUCGAUCUAGUCUCGGAAGUUGCCAAAAAUCUUCAGGUGAUUGUAACCGAUGGAUCGGUAGGAGGACUCCAUAUGUUCAAAACGGGUGGCCACUUGUUCUUGGCAGUGGGGGCAAAUGAUAUAAAUUGUCAAGAGGACGAAGAGAUAAACUCUAGAAUUUACCAAUUGGUGGGCCAAUACUUCGACCAGCAAGACAGCCUUGCCCUCCAAACGAAGAAUGUUAGUGAUAUUACAGGAUUUGCUUAUAAGAAUCGCUACUACCUUGUCUUUGCCAUGACUCAUUCGGAGGGUUCCCAAGUGUAUAGAUUCGACGCCGAACUGGGAACUCUUACUUUGGUCCAGCAGUUGACAGACCUUGAUGUUUAUAGUGUUCAUUAUUUUCAUGAAAAGCAAGAAAAUAGACACUACAUAAUUAUGAACAAUGGUUUAGAACCCAAACUCUACAGAUGGUCAAACGAACAGCUGCUCUUGUGGCAAGAGCUAAAUAAGGGCACUGGUGUCGACCCAGUAGGUAGUAUACAGACCUUCACAUUUUCAUCGCUAGAAUCCAUCAUUAUGGUUGCCUAUGGUAGUAAAGUCAUGUUCUAUGCUGAUGAUGUAUCUGCACACUUCAAUUCUAAUUUUGUCAUGCAUACAAACUGCAACAAGAUUGGUGACCUUGCUAUGGUGAAAAUAAUGAAUGAUUAUGUCGUAACAUAUGUCUGUCUGGAAAGCAAUGGUAAAACUGAACUGAAGACCAGACGUGUGAUCAUGGAUUACAUAGAUUUGGAAAAGCCUACGGAUGAAACGGAUACUCUCCUGCAAUGCCUUGAUAGUCUGAAACUAGAACUAGAUUCUAGGAAGUCUACUAUUGAUCACUUGGGUCAAGUUCUUACAACCGACCUCUUAAUGACGGUUGACAACUCGCAGACGUGGCAUGGCCCACUAACCUUUACUGAACCACUGAUGGUAAAUGGUACAGCAACUGUACAACAAACAAUGAAUGUAGUAGGUGAUGGUACUGCGCAAGCACAUGACGAAACGUACAACUUGUUCCUAUCUAAGUCUGCAACUCUAGAGCAUGGUGUGGACACUGUAAACUCUGGAAUGGACAACAUUCUCUACCAUUCGAAGGAUCAAACUAUCAAGGGAUCUAUAGUAGCAAGUCCAUUAACUGUGGACAGCUUCGAAUCCAGCUCGACAAAGCUUACAGAGUUAAAUGGAACUCCCCUUCUUAGCCUGAGUAAAGUGUUCAUGAUUGAUGGUAUUGACCAAGAUGUGAGUUCUUCAAUGUACAUCGAUACAAUGAAGGCUGAUGUCUUCACUACCAGGGACGGAGCAUCUUCUGCAACUAUUAAUGGAGUAAAAACAAACCAACUAUUGCGAAAGAGUCUAGCUUCUCAAGAUGUAACCGGGAACUUGCACUUUGGAGACAUAAGUGUACAAGGCAUCCAGGGAUUGACUACUGCCAAUAAGAAUGUAGUUGUUAAUGGCAUAAACACAAACCACAUUGUGACGAGAGGUCAGAACGCCACAUUCCUAGACAAGAAAUCUUUCCAGAACUUGAAGAUUCUAGAGGACCUGAACCUAGACUUGCUUAAUGGAAUUGAUCUCUCUAGCCUUGCUGAAGAUUUGGUGUAUAUGAAUACAUUUAAGCCCCAGGUCUUGGAUGGCCAUUUUACUCUGCAUGACUUAAAUGUGGAUGGAAAUGUGGAUGUGACGCACAUCAAUGGUGUAGACAUGAAAAAACUUGAUACCAUGGUUGUCAAGACUUCUGGAGACUUCACAUUAUCUGGUGAUGUGACCUACCAGAACGACUUCGAAGUGUCUGGUAGUAUGACCAGCCCUAAACUGAAUGGAAUUGCUAGGGAAAACAUUGUCGAUCUGCAGACCCCUCACAUUCCAGGAGAUUAUACAUUUACAGAUGCUAACGUAAUAUCUACUAUAACAUGUAAUGACAUCAAUGGCAUCGACAUCAACGUUGAUGUGGCCACCAUUGAUGACGACCAAAUUAUCAAUGGUCGACUAACUUUCCUUGACGAUGUUUUGGUUAGUGGGUCUCAGGGGGUACAAAUGACGAACACUGCUACCAUAAACAGCAUCCAUCCAAAAAGCCUCGAAACCUUUGACCAAGGGAACCUCGUCAUAAAGACGAAUGUUACCUUUACUAAUACUCUAAAUGUCCUGGAAGAUGUUACUGUAGGAGUUAUUAAUGGUCUGGAUAUGAGUGGUAUUGAAGAUAGAUAUUGGAGGAAAAGCACAAACCAGAUAAUACUGGUAUCACCUACCUUAGAUACUGCUACAUUCCAAGCGGCUGUUACGGCGAAUGAUGUAAAUGGACGCCAGAUGGAGGACUUCCUAUCUGUUACAGGUUCUCAAACCAUUGAUGGGGCCUACACUUUCCAGGGCUUGGUUAAUUUGGCUGGUAAUCUCGACAUGGUGGAUGGAAAGACUGUAGAUGGUGUUGAUGUCUCUGCACUAAAGAGUAACUUGGUUACCCUGACUGAUGACCAAACUAUAACUGCACAAACAAGCUUUGCAGGGAAAAUUAGUGCAUCUGGUAGCUUGGACUUGGAUGGCAAGCUGAAUGGAUGGGAUUUGAAUAAAGACUUCAUGAGGCUUGACUUGUCACUGCCUCACACAGGUAUCUUGAACUUUGGGGACAAAACUACUGCUGCAUCCCUGAGUAUGAACAGAGCAAAUAUAGAUGUCCAAAGCCUUAAUGGAUUGAAUGUGAAGUCUGCAGUUGAUGACUUGGUCAUCAUGACUGAUGAUGCAACAGUUAAUGGACCCCUCAAAUUCACCACCAGUGUGAACGUGAACGAACUCUCCGUUAGUGGAACAGUUGAUGGUGUUGAUGUGGUAGAUCUCGUGGACAGAAGUCUUAAAAAGAUCUCGCCUACACCACAGGCCAUAACUGGUGCUAUCACAGUGAACAAGGGAGUACACUUGGAUCAGAGCCCAUCUCUAACUAUAGUUAAUGGCAAGGACUGGACAACCCACCUAAGCAAGGUUAUACCGCAAAAUUACAAUGGUGUAAUUGGUGGAAAGAAAACAUUCACAAAGCCAGUAUCCAUUUCGGGUAACUUCAAUCCAACAACAAUAAAUGGCUUUGAUGUACCUCAACUAUCAGACAGAAUACUGACUAAAAGUACAAACCAGAAUGUUGGCAGCAAAUACACUAUCACUGGCGACGUCAUAGCCAAGAAUGUAAAUGCUCCAGUAAUUGAUGGAGUAAACACUGCAAACCUUGUAUUGGUGGACCAGGGUGUAUCAGUAGGUGGAUCAGUUGACUUUGCUGAUUACUUAGAAAUGAAGGAUGUUACUUCCGAUACAGGAGUACUAGAUGGCUGUGACGUUGUUCAGCUUAAUGCUUCUGCUAUAUGGAGAUCAAGUGAUGGAAGUAUAGAAAUGCCCUUCCCAGUAACCGUGAAGUCGGUUAACAUUCGAAAGGAUGCAACAGUUAAUGGUGUUGUAAAGGCAGGAUCAAGGGAACUGAUUCAUUUCUUAAACACUCUCGUCUUGAAGUCUUCAAAUCAGGAUAUCUCGGGGAAAGUAGAAUUCAUCACUGAUGUUACAAUGACGAGUUUGUUGGCACAAACUGCAGAUGGAGUCGACAUUGAUAACUUGUAUGCUGUAACAGUUAUGAACAACCAGGAUAGUGUCAUAAACUGUAAUGUCGCCUUCACCAAAGACUUGAAGAUCAAAACCCUAUCUGUGGAUACUGUUUUUGGUGUGGGUCCUGAAGGCACACUAAUAAACUCUCUUAAUGUGUCGGAUAUUAAUGCUAAUGCAGUACUUACUCUGGGAGGAUCUUACAUCAUGACUGGAAUAAAGACUUUCACUAAUGGCUUGACUGCUGAUGGACUGAAAGUUACUGGAUCCCUAGGUGGCAUACCAGUAAGUGACUUGGUGGUAGUGUCUGCAAGUGGCAGACUUGCAGACAACUUGCUCUUCACAGCCCCCAUAACUGCCAAAGGAGACCUAGAGGUUGGAGGACUGAUAGAUAACGUUGACCUGGAACAACUUCUAAUUGAUAGAAUCAGGCUUGACACUACAGAAUCCUUAACAUCUUCUACAAGCUUCGAGGGAAUAAAAGUGGAAGGUGAUCUGGAGGUUGAAGAAAUCAAUGGAAUAAAACUACAAGAUAUUGUACUAAAGUCUGGAAGAAUACAGCAGGAUAUUACAGGACCCAAAACUUUUGCUGGAGGCUUGAAAGUAGAAGGGGAAAUCCAAGCUACUCAAAUCAAUGAUGUGGAUAUUCCAGCAUUAAACCUGAAUGUCGUUCGAAAGGAUAGAGCGGACAAGAUAAAACAUAAUCUGAUCUUUGAGGCGGCUGUGGCAGCUAAAACUUCAAUUGAUGUCACAGGGAAAGUAAACGGCUAUAAAUUAGAGGAUAUAAACUAUUCCCCAUCCGUCUUGAGCAAAAAUAUUUUGGACACCAGUACUAGACUCUACAAUCUCAAUAGCACACUCUCUGAUGUUUUCAUCGAUACAAAGGCUCUUGCUUGUGGCAUGUAUGAAACCAUGAGGUAUGGCGAACUGCUUAAUAUUGAAACCGUAGCAAUAACGGGUAAAAUGAGUUAUGGAAGCUAUGGUGGGAUACCUUUCUUGGCAGUAAGGGAGUGUGAAGUCUUUUGCACAUGCCCUAAUCGCUACUCUUUUUACCAUGUAUCUAAUGAUGGUAUGUUGUGGAAAGACUUCAAUGAUACAGACUCUGCAUUCAUCUUUGAUUCAGAUGGUUAUGAAGGGACAGGACUUGUGAACCACUGCACUGGAACAACUGAAGUGAAAACAUUGCAGCUCGCAGAUAAAAGCCACACAGUUGGUGACUUGGGAACUGUAGCAGAUAUUGGAGUAUUUUCGGUAAAGGGAGUAACUUACAUUGUUACGGCAGGCACAAUUGCAGAAGGAAGUCCUGGUGCAACCUCUACUAUAAGUGUAGUAAAAUUAACCCAGAAUCCAGUGGUCAUCUGGUCAUUGAAGACACAUUAUAGUGCUUCUACAGUGGAUCUAACCUUGAGUCCCGAGGGAUGGCUGCUGUUGGUUGCAAAUCAUAUGGCCUCAAAUGACUCCGUAGAUCCCUUCACUGUACCAUCACAGUUGUACUUGUGGUCACCCACAGAGGAAAAGUUCACCCUUGUAGAAGAGCACAUUGGCCAAUGGGUAACAUCAGGAAUCUUCCUAAAUGCAAAGAGUUCUCUCAAAGAGCGAUACUUCUCUCUAGCACAACUGCAGGUUUCAACAUCUUUAUGUGAAGACGGUCUGAAGCCUACAACAGAGGUCAUGGUGUUCAAGCAUGGUCCAUCUGGAUAUCGGCCAUACCAGAGGCUGCCAUCAUAUGGUGUUGUUGCUCAAGAAUCGGUAUACAUUGGGUUUGACUUGUACUUGCUGUUGCUCUCCGAAUCCUCGCAGACACUGGAUGUGUAUGAUCACUCUCCAACUGAAGGCUUCCGUCUCUAUCAACAGCUUCCAGUAUGCCGCAAGCCAAUAGACAUAAAGAUGAUUACGGUAUCCUUCACAGACUUCCUGUUGGUGUCUUGCAAGGAACCGGCCCAAAUUAUGAAGUUCCAGUUCUUGACAAAGGGAUUCACUUACAGAGAAUAGACGAAGGGUGUACAAGUGUAAUUUAUAAAUUUUAAUAAUCUAAGAA